AUGUACAAUCAUAUGUAUGCUCGAAAACGUGGACUUAAACCACAUUUUGAGGAAGGAGUUAAAAUGUUUAUUACAUGGGCAUUUAAUCAAGAAUGUGGUCAGAGAGAAGGAGGAGUAAGAUGUAUGUGUCUUAAAUGUGGAUGUAGACAUAUAAUAAGUAAUCUGGAAGAAGUAGAAACUCAUUUGAAGAGAAAGGAAUUUAAGGAAAAUUAUUGGGUUUGUACAUCAAAUGGAGAAGAAAUGUCGAUGAAUAUGCCAGAGACUAGAAAUUUACAACAGGGUUCAAGUAGUCGAUCACAGAUGGAAUAUGAAGAACAAUUUAAUCUACAUGAUGACAUGAUUGGCGAUGCUUUAGGGGUGAACAUGGCCUAUAAUGAACAACAAGAUAGUGAUGGGGAAGAGUUGCCGAAUGAGAAAGCUCAAAAUUUUUAUCAGUUGUUGAAAGAAAUAAACACACCAUUGUUUGAGGGUUCUUCAAACUCUAAAUUAUCUAUGUGUGUGAGAUUAUUUGUCGCGAAGUCAAACUGGAAUGCUCCUUUGCCUCAGUCUAGUCAAAGGCUCAGCAAACUAUGCCCUAGUUUAGUCAGGGGGCUCAGCAGACUAUGCCUCAGUCUAUGA